AUGACCGGAAACUACAGCAAACCCGCAAUGGCGCAGCCUGCGGCACAAGUGCUGGGCUACUCCUGCCGUCUUCCCGAGUCCGGCAGCCCAUCCGAGUUCUGGGAGAACCUCCUCACCGGUGUCGACAUGCAGACACAGGACGACCGUCGCUGGCCAGUGGGGCAGCUGAAGACACCGCCUCGUUCCGGCAAGCUGCCAGACUAUGACAAGUUUGAUGCCAGCUUCUUCACAGUGCAUGCCCAGCAGGCAAACAAAAUGGACCCCCAGCUGAGGAAGCUGCUGGAAGUGUCCUACGAGGCACUGAUUCACAGCGGCCUCAUUAUCGGAGACCUGCCCUCAGAGCGCUGCGGAGUCUACAUCGGCUGCUGCGGCUCAGAGGUGCAUGCGCAGUGGCUGGCGGACGUUGACAGCGUGACUGGCUAUGAGCAGACCGGCUGCGCUGCCUCCAUGUUUGCCAACCGACUCUCCUGGUUCUACAACUUCAAAGGACCUUCCAAGAUCGUCGACACAGCGUGCUCGUCGUCGUUUGUGGCUCUCAACGAUGCCAUUAGCGACAUCAAGGCGGGAGUGAUUGACUAUGCGGUGGUCGGAGGUGCAAGCGCCAUCCUGCGGCCUCAGACCUCCCUUGCCUUCGGCAAGCUCAACAUGCUGUCCCCCGAGGGCCACUGCAAGUCCUUCGACGCGAGCGCCAACGGCUACGCGCGGGCAGACGGCAUAGUGGCAAUCGUGAUAGCGCGGCCAGGGAUCACUCUGCCACAGUUCGCACCGGUGCCGCCCCGGGGAGAUAUUCUAACAAUCGCGACUAACAAUGACGGGCGCACAAAAGAGGGCGUCACAUUUCCCUCCGGCCCCGCGCAGCGCGCCCUCGCCGAAGUGGUGUGCGCGCAAGCCGGUGUCAAGCCGAGCCAGGUUGCCUAUGUUGAGGCGCACGGCACAGGGACCGUUGUGGGCGACGGUCAAGAGUUGGGCGCUCUCGAGGAGUUCUAUGCUAUCAAGGGGGAGCGCACUGCGGAAGAGCCUCUGCUGAUUGGGUCUGUCAAGUCCAACAUGGGCCACUGUGAAGGCUGCUCCGGCCUGGCAGGGCUGCUGAAAGUGCUGAUGUCAUUCGAGCAUGGCACGUUGCCGGCCAACCUGCACUUCAACGAGCCCAACCCCAACAAUAAAUCCCUCAAGGAAGGGGUCAUCAAGGUUGUGACUGAGACGACUCCCUGGGAGGGGGGCAUUGUGGCGCAGUCCAACUUUGGCUUUGGAGGCACGAAUGUCCACCUUUUGGUGCAAGGUGGCCCAAAGCCAAGCCUGCCUCUCGGCUUUGCUCCUUCAACCCCUGACGUCUCCGAUGGCGAGGGUGCAGCGCUCUCAGACAGCCAGGGAGACACAGAUGAGGAGUUUUCUGGCUACAACGGCAUCAUUCCCCUCGCUGCAAGAACCCAGCAGGGAUUUGAUGCGCUCGUCGAGUCAAUCCAGGCCGCCCCUGGGCUGAUUGAAGACGUGGCGGGUUCGAUGCGCCGCUUUGCCAACAGCGUGGGCGCUGACUCAACCAAGCUGACUGUGCGCGGGACCCUUCACAAAGGAGUUGCCAAAUCCGCCACUGCUUCCUCGGCCAAUGCGCCCAUCUGGUUCGCCUUCUCAGGCAACGGAAGCCAGUGGCCCAAGAUGGGGCUGGAGCUCCUCUCCGAGUCGCCAGCGUACAGCAGGGGAGUCAAGGCGUGCGCAGAGGCGCUGAAGCCUUUUGGCAUCGACCUCGUUGCUGCUUUCAGUGAUGAGGCCGGAUUUUCUGAAGACCCCAUCCUGGCCGCUGUGGGCCUCAUUGCUCUCCAGGUUGGCCUGACGGACAUGCUGGCAGAGGAGUAUGGGAUUGUGCCCGCCGGGUUCCUGGGCCACUCUGCCGGAGAGAUCGCCUGCGGAUAUGCCGACGGCGGAUUCACCCGCGAGCAGGCAGUGCUAGUGGCGUACCACCGCGCCCGGCAGUGGCCGGAGGGGGGUCUGGAGGGGGGUCUCAUGGCCGCCACCGGGCUGAGCGCUGCGGCUGCGGCCGAGCGUCUGGAGAGGGAAGGCCUAAGCAGCUGCGUAGUCGCAUGCGACAACAGCCCGACCAGCACCACUCUCUCAGGUCCCAAGGAGGAGCUGCAGCAGCUGCUGGACGCUCUGAAGACAGAGGGAGUGUUUGUGCGCGCGCUGUCGACCUGUGAAGUGGCGUACCACUCUCCCCUGCUCGACCCCGUGCUGCCCCAGCUCAGCGCAGCGUUGGAAGCGCUUAUCCCCGCCCCCAAGCCGCGGUCGGAGCGCUGGGUCUCCGCUGCGUUCCCUGCCGGAUCCGAAGACCCCGACGCACUCCUGUGCUCUGCAGCUUACCAGGUGCACGCAUUUCGCAACCGGGUGCAGUUCACAGACGCUGCUGCCGCGGUUCCCAAGGCCGCCAUCCUGCUGGAGAUCGGGCCUCACGGCGUGUUGCGCUCACCCCUGCGCCAGUGCCGCCCCGAGGUGCCCUAUGUGGCCACGAUCAAGAAGGGGAGUGAUGCGAGCCAGACAGUGCCCGACUCGGUCUGCGAGCUGUGGCGCAAGGGCGCUGCCCUCUCCUGGCCGGUUGAGGAACUCAGCAAGGAGGCCACACAGCUUCCUGCUGAGGUGGCGGCUGCGCUGGUGAGCUGGGACCACAGCGGAGAAUAUCCCCUGCCCAACGCAUGGCUCUCCUCAGGCACCGCUGGUUUCACCAGGACAUUCAAGCUCGACGACCCCGAGCACGCCUUCAUCGCAGACCACAAUGUGGACGGCCGUAUCCUCAUGCCGGCGACGUCAUACCUGGUCACAGCAUGGGAGGCGCUCGCAGCGCAGCAGGAGAAGAAGAUGUCCGAGCUGCCCGUGCUCUUUGAGGACGUCAGCAUUGUUCAGGCGGUGCCUGUUGCCCCCGGCGGCUCUGUGACGCAAGGCGGGGACCUGAUCGCAGAGGGAAAGAUCUCUGUGGUUCACCAGAAGGAAGCUCCCAAGCCGGCUGCCGAUGCGGCAGAGAAUGAGGAAGCGCCAGAAAAGCCGGCUGCCAAGGAGACACCUCAAGCUGAGACUGACGCAGAUGCCGAGGCAGAGCCAACUGAGGUGGACUGGGACCACGGCGUGCUGGACACAAUGGAGGCGCCCGCAUUCUACCGUCAGGUGCUACGGACCGGGAUCCGUUACGGGCCCCACUUCAAAAUGCUCGUCAAGAAGACCAUCGACGGCUCAGCCGCCGUCCUCAGGUGGGACGCAUGCUUCAUCCGCCUGCUGGACGGUCUACUGCAGGCAGGGGCGCUGAACGCAACUGACACUCAGCUGCGAGUGCCCACAGGCAUCCGCCGCCUUCUCAUCAAGGAUGCCAACUCAGCCUCAAUCACCGGCUCAGAAGGCGCGCUGUCGAUGCUCGUUGUUCAUAAAACAUUGGCAGUGGAGGUUGACUCAGUGCUGGGCCUGACAACUUGCGCCAUGGCGGACAUUUCUGGGGUUGAGCUCGGCGUCGCGCCCCUGAGGCCCCCCAACUUCCACACCGUCGAGCGCCAAGUCAAAUUCGUGCCCUACGGCGUGAGCGAGGACGCAGAGAGGUUGGCCUACUACCGUAAGCUCGAGGGAUUCCUGGCAGCCACCAUCAGGCCCCACCUGGUCGCCAUGCAAGCUAGUGAGGAGGGCCUGCCUGAUCACCUGCAGAAGGUGUUGAAGCUCGUGAAUGCGGUGCCAUAUAAGCCUCCGAGCGCAGAAGAGGAGGAAGCCUUCCUGGCAGAGCCAUGCCACAUCUUGGCCCGCCUCUACAGGGACCUGUUCAAGGACGAGGAGACUGCCAAGGCCACCCUGGCGGAUCCCAACAUGGCGAUCGUGCAGCACCCUGAGCACAAGGAUCUGUACGCCACCGAUCCCAUUGCGAGGGGCUUUGAGGGGGAAGUGCUGACAGUCAUGCUGGACACCGUCGGAGAGAAUCUUUCCACCGACGGCUUCCGCUGCGCCGAGGUCGGCGCCGGCACGGGCGGAUUCACCCGACAGGUGAUCGAUGAGCUGGAUCGCUGCCCCUACUCGCAGCUGCUCAAGUAUGUGGCCACAGACGUGUCUGCCAGCUGGGGCGCCGCUCUCACAAAGAGCCUCAAGGUCCCGGCCCUGGAGUUCAAGGUCUGGGAUGUCAACAAGCCGGCAGGCAAAGAGCUGGAGGGCCCCUUUGACCUCAUCCUGGCAUCCAACGCAAUCCACACCUGUGACAACAUGGCAGGCAAGCCCCGCUUCUUGCUGGGUCUGGCGAACAUCACCGAGCAGCUGGCGCCCGGCGGCUUCCUGUUGGCGUACGAGGCGACUCGGCCGCUGGCAACCUUUGCCUGGGGCCUGGACAAGGUGACCUGGAACUUUACGGAUGAGCGCGAGUACGGGCUCUGGAUGAGUCCCCAGCGCUGGCACGCGCAGCUGGCAGCCGCCGGCCUUGACAUGGUCUCCGAGCACACGUGCCCUGACGCGAGCGGGUGCAUGUUCCUCUACCGCAAGCCGGACCUGGCAGCCCGUAAUGACGUAAUCCUGAGGGCGCCACGUAUCGGCGCGUCAGAGGCUGCCAUGGACACCUGGCUGCAUGACUACACUGACUCACUCGACAGCGUGGCUGGAGCAGAGCGUGGGAUGCCCGCUCCGGGCGGCCCCAAGGAAGAGGCAACGCCUGCACCCGACGCUGAACCGGCGGCGGCCGGCCGGCUGUGGCUGACAGGGACGCUGCAGAGCAACGCAGGGAUCCUUGGUCUCAUGAAGUGCGCAAGAGCCGAGCCCCGGGGCGGUGCUCUGCGCUGUGUUAUGGAUGCCUCCUCCAAGUACAGCCUGCACACCGGCGACAGGCGCGGUGAUGUCGGCGAUGGCGAUGCUGACCUGGCGCCGCUUGUCGAGCAAGCCCGCCAGCUGGACCUGACCUUCAAUGUCUUUGUCGAUGGCCGCCACGGCGCCUACCGCUCCAUCCCCAUGCCGGCUGACAAAGUGGACAAGCUUUCAGCAAGGGCGGGGGCACCGCAGGGCGCGCAUCUGCAGGUGCAGACUUAUGGAGACCUCAAUUCCAUGCGCUGGGUGCAGAACCUGCCUCUGCCUUCCUCUGCAGACGGCUACGUGGUCUGCGACGUUGACUACGGCGCGCUCAACUUCCGCGACGUGAUGCUUGCGUAUGGGAAGCUGAGCCGAGACCUGAUGGCGCAUGGCAAAAACGGCCAGGGCGGGGGUGACUACAUCGGCCUCGAAUUCUCCGGCAAGGUCGGAGUCGGAGUCGGAGAACGCCGCGUGAUGGGCGUGGGCCAGAACGCGAUAGCCACUCGCCUAGCAACACGUGGCGAGCUUCUGUGGGACUACCCAGCUGACUGGACCGCUGCCCAGGCCGCGACAGUGCCCGUGGCUUACUGCACCGCAUACUACUCCUUAGUCAUGCGCGGCCGGCUCCUACCCGGCCAGCGCGUGCUGAUACACUCCGGCAGCGGCGCCGUGGGAUUGGCGGCCAUCGCUAUCUGCCUGCACCGCGGUUGCGAGGUGUUUGUGACGUGCGGCUCUGCAGAGAAGAAGGCAUUCCUGAUGGAGAGGUUCCCGGCGCUCAAGGAAGACCACAUUGGCGACAGCCGCUCUACUUCCUUCGAGGCACUCGUCCUGCGCGCCACCAAGGGGGCCGGCGUUCACAUGGUGCUCAACUCCCUGGCAGGCGACAAGCUGCAGGCGAGCGUCCGGUGCAUUGCUAGCUACGGCAAGCUGCUGGAGAUCGGCAAGUAUGACAUCCUGAAGGGCACCGGACUCUCCAUGCGGCCACUGCUGCGCAACAUCGAGUUCCAGGGGAUUGAUCUCGACCGCGUUUUCAACGACGGCGAAGACCCCGCUAAGAUGGCGGAACUGAGCGCUCUUCUGAAUGAGGGCAUCCGCACAGGCGAGGUGCAGCCGCUGCCAUUCAAGGUCUACAAGGCGGAUGAUGUACCUUCCGCCUUCCGCUACAUGGCCUCAGGCACACACAUCGGGAAGGUCCUGGUGCAACCAAUCCCAGGGACAGAUGAGGUGGCUCCUUCUUCAGAGCUCAGCGCGGUGCCUCAGAUCAGCUUCAGGCCCGACAGGACGUAUGUGAUCACCGGAGGACUGGGGGGCUUUGGCUUGGCGACGGCGACCUGGAUGGCCGAAAAGGGCGCUCGCAGUUUGGUGCUGACUUCCAAGCGAGGCAUGCGCACCGGCGAGCAGGCUGCCUGCGUGCAGAGACUGCGCGACAGCUUUGGCGCCAAGGUGGCGGUGUCAACCUUGGACGUGGCAAACCUUGACGAGGCGCAUGCACUGAUCAAGCUCGCAGACGGCCAGGCUCCUGUCGGUGGCGUUUUCCACCUCGCCAUGAUUCUGAGCGACCGCUUCCUGACCAACCAGACUGGCGAAAGCUGGCAGAAGGCGGUGGAGUGCAAGGCGCAGGGGGCGCUGCACCUGGAUAUGGCCUGCCAAGGGCUGACUCACCUGGAGCACUUUGUCAUGUUCAGCUCCAUGGUCGCGUGGGCCGGCAACGAAGGCCAGGGCAACUACGCGUGGGCAAACAUGGUGGGCGAGAUGCUGUGCGAGUCGCGCAGGAGAGUGGGUCUGCCAGGCCUCGCCAUCUCCUGGGGCGCAGUGGCCGGUGUUGGGUACAUCGAAGAGGUCCUGCGUGGCAAGAUCAUCGGACGCAAGUUUGAGAUUAAUCCGCCGCAGCCGAUCGAGGACUGCCUCGUUGCUCUGGGCAAGUACCUCUGCGGAGGGCCCGGCAUCAGAUCUAUGAUGGGCUGCAAUGCCACACUCAACGAGCUGUACAGCAACACCGGCAGCGACAGUGAUAAGGGCCUGGUGGCGUCGGUGCUGGACCUGAUGGGCCUGAAGGAGGGGGAAGUUGGAGAGAACGACAGCCUGGCAGAUCUGGGCCUAGAUUCCCUGCAGCUGGUCGAGAUCCGCUCCAAGAUCGGGACGCUGACCCUCGCGGGCCUGAGGGAGUUGGCCGAGGAGGCCGGGGAGUCGAAGACCGCGCCGGCUGAGGCGGCCGAGCCGUCGGCCGCUGAGGAGCCGCAGGAAGCUGCCGUGGCAGCUGCCUUGAAGCUUCCCGCUGAUGACGCACGCCCAAGCACCCCGCCGCUAGAGAAAGAGGAGAUUGCUCCGCGCACACCUGACCGCCAGAGCCUGCCCAACAUUCCCCGUCCACCAUCGCCGACUGCGCUGACAACUCCGGUUGUGGCCAAGCCAGUCAAGGCGUACGACGGGAAGAGGCCGGCUCGCAGCCCAUCAACGGACUCUGCCUUUGACUUAGAGAUCCCGGUCCCGGCGGUUGCGCCAGAAUCCGCCGCGGCAACGGCGGCCGCCGCAGCCGCCGCCGAUGAGCGCCCCUGGCAGCGUGAGGCCAAGUGGGCCGUCUCAACUCUCAUCGGCAUUCUGUACAUUGGAUCCGUGCUCAUGUCCGUGGGAGUUCCCUGCUUCGCCGCUGCCGCCGGAAUCGGAGCAAAACUGGGCAUCUGGGCGGCUCUGCCACUCAUUCCUCUGGUCUGGUUGACGCUCGGAUUCGGCCUCUGCUUUGCAUGCGUGCUGACCAAGCGCAAUAUCGGACCUCGACUGUCCCCCCGCCAUCCCAUCAAAAUGUUCUCCGGCGACUUUGCUCGCUGGUGGCUGGUGAACAGGAUGGUGGGAGUCACAACGAUGAUCUUUGCCGACCAGCUGCGCGGCACCGGCCUCCUCGUCUCCUGGCUGCGAGCGAUGGGUGCGCACAUUGGGGAGAACGUUGUGAUUGACACCCUGGAUGUGACGGACUUUGACCUGAUCAGCAUCGGAGACAACGUGGCGAUUGGUGAAGGCGCCACCGUCAUGGGCCAUUACUACAAAGGCGGCUUCUUGCACUUUGACGAGGUGGUCAUUGGGGACGGGUGCCGGCUGGACCCUUUCAGUCUGGCAGGCCCGGGGCUGACUCUGCUCAAGGGAGAGCAGCUGCCGGCGCUCGCCACAAAGCCUCGCAAGGCCGCCCCUGUCAGGAAAGCAAAGGGAUCGGCAGCCGCCGCGCAGCCGCCGCCGCAUAUGGCUGAGUCACUGACUCCCAUUGAGAGCCCUGCUGUCGCGGGCAUGUACACCAUCGCCCUGGUGACGGCGCCUGCAGUCUACUCAGCGCUGUUUGUCAUCGCCCGCACGAUGGCGUUCCUGGGACUUCAGCUUCCCUUCAUGACUUCCCCUGCCGUCUUCGCUGUCGCCGCCCUGACCGCCAUGGUCUCCCCGCUCUUCAUCCCCAUGCUCUUCCUGGCGCUGCCGGCUGAGGCCGGGGCUCUGGCAGCACUCCUUCACCCGGCAACGGCGCUUCUGUUCGUGCCCCUUGUGCCGGUGGCCUAUGUCAUCUUCGGCGUGCUGCUGUGCGCUGCUAUGGUCGCCAUCAAGUGGGCCGCUCUGGGCCGUGCCAAACCUGGCACUCACAGGCGGCUGUCGGAGUAUGGGCUGCGUUUCUGGCUGGCCCAGAGGGCGGUCGAGAUGGGCUACAAGCGUUUCGCCAUCAUGGGCACGUGGGCGAUCAAUGUGUACCUCAGAGCCAUGGGCGCCAAGAUUGCAAAGGAGGUCAACAUCCGCUUCGGCAACAUGAUGCUCACCCCAGACAUGCUCGACAUUGCCGAAGGGGUGCACAUCGGUGAUACGGCCAACAUUUUGACUUCCAUGGCGCUGGACGCAGACCGAGUCCUCGUUGGCAAGGUUGAUAUCGGGCAGCAGGCCAUGCUGGGAUUGGCGUCCGUGCUGUGCCCGGCAACUCGGGUGGGCAAGGGAGUUGUGUUGGGAGGACAGGCCUCGGCUGAACCGGGCGCUGACCUCAUGGCUCAGAUGCUCUACUUUGGAACACCCGCCACUGCCCUGUUCAAGUCCCCCGUCCGCCUGGGGGUGAUGGACCCGGCGACAACCCCCGGCGAGAAGCUGCGCUUCGCGUUCGCUCCCCUGCUGCAGCCGCUGCUCGCAUUCCUGAUCGUCACAAUUGCAGCGCAUGCUGCCUCGAUUCUGGCAGCGGCCGUCGCGGCUCUGGCUUAUUCUCCCAACGUGGCUCUGGCGCUCGCACCGCUUGUGUACACUGCCUUUGGGGCAGGCCAGGUUCUGCUGAUUGCUGGGUGCAAGGCCCUGCUGGUGGGCAAACUGCAGCCUGGAAGGGUGUGGAAGAAGACUGAGGCCUACAAUCUGCAACGCACCCUCAUGCUCAUCGCCCAAAUCCCCUUCAGCCACACCUUUGCUGAGGCAGUCAGGGGCUCGUUCUGGUAUAAUGUCUCUGGCCGCAUCUGGGGCAUGACUGUUGGGAAAGAGGUGUUUGCAGACACAUGCAUGGCGCACAAUGAUUUUGACCUGCCUCUGGUCGAGGACGGAGUCAUUCUGGGCCGCAAUGCGAUUGUAUUCUGCCACCUGGGAACAUAUCGCAAGGACGGGCAGCUCAUAAUCCACCAGGACAAUUCAAAGUUCGGCAAGGACAGCAUAAUCGGAGCACGCUGCGCCACGCUGCCGGGUUAUGACCUGCCCGCCAGCGAGGUGCUCGCUCCCCUGCAACUCGGCAGCGCCGUCCUUUACAGUGCAGCCUACACUUUUAAUGCAGCGUCCGACCAGGCGAUUAAGGUCGACAUCCUGAUCCUGAGUCGUGAAGUGCCACAGCGCAAGCCGGCGUCUAAACGAACGCAUCACGUCGGGAGCCUUUCGCUGGAGUUCGAUCGGGGCAUCGCUGCAGGGAUGUUCAAUACAAGCAUGCGCGUGAUAGGGGCCAGUGAGAUCAUGAUGAUCCCCCAUCUCACGCUACUGAUCACUAUCGUGCGUUUCGGUGUCCUUGCCGUGGCUGCAGCUGCUCUGGUAGCUGCAGCUGGCCUGGCUGCCAUGAAGGCUUAUUCUGAGCUGCGCAGGUUCAUCGUGCUCUUCAGGAUUCCACACCCACCAGAGGAAGCUAUCCUCUUGGGGUCGGCGCUGGCGGUUCAGCGGCCAGACCACCACAGGUCACUGCGCGCGUGGGCCAAGCAGCUUGGAGGCAUCUACGCAAUCCGCAUCGCAGGCUUCCACAUGGUGGUGGUGGUGGACGCUGAGCUGGCGAGCCAGGUGCUGGGAAAUGGGGAGGGCCUGUGCAAGGCGCUGGAGCCGGACCUGUCUGACAAGCUGAUGAGUCACAGCGGCCACCGCACCAUGUUCUCUGCCGACACCAACUCGCCCUACUGGCGGCUGAUUCGCAAGGGCGCCGCGCCAGCCUUCAUCUCCAAAAACAUCAAGAAUGGUUUCCCGGAUGUGGUGAAGAUUCUGGACCAGGUCGUGGCGAAAUUUAUGGCGCUGCCCCCUGGGGAGGAGGUGGAUGUUAAUAAUGUAGCGCUGCGGCUGGCGAUGGACAUCACCGGCAUGGUCGGCUUUGCCAAGGACUUCGGCACCACGCGCUCCUUCAGUGAUGCCGGCACCGACGAACUCUUCUUCAUCCUGCGGUCCACGGUCCGGGAGCUGUACUGCGGGGCGACAAACCCGGCACGUCACCUGAUGCUAUGGCUGCCGGAGGUUCGCCGCGCGCCGAGCCUCUUCAGAGCCUUCCGCGCGCGCAUGAUGCAGCUUCUGCACGAGGUGAAAGCGCGGGGGGAGCCGAAGGACGAGGAUGUCAGCAUCGCAGCGCACCUGCUGCGGCUGCGCGACCCGGCGACAGGGAAGCCUCUGCCGGACAAGCUCGUGGCGGGCGAGUUCGGGGUCUUCUUCGUGGCAGGCAUCGAGAGCGCCGGGAAUGCCAUAUCAUGGACGCUGUAUCUGCUGUGGCAGCACCCGGAGGCAGAGCGGAAGCUGGCACAGGAGCUGGAUGCAGCCGGCCUGCUGGUCACCCCCGAGCGGCCGCACCCGCGGCCGAUGGAAUAUGCGGAUCUGGGGCAGCUUACAUAUCUCUCCUGGGUCUGCAAGGAGGCGAUGCGGGUGCGGCCGGUGUCGAGCACCGGUACGACGCGCUAUGCAAAGAGGGACAUGUGGCUGGGGGGUUACUACGUGCCAAAGGGCAGCCUCCUGAACGUUCCCUUUGACGCAGUCCACCAUUUCCCCGGCAACUGGCCCCAGGACACCGACGCCUUUAUCCCGGAGAGGUGGGCGGUGCCCUCCGCUGAGCUGGCAGCCUCCAAGGACAUUCCAAUCGCAUCGGCUGCGCUCAGGGCUCCGGUGGCGCCCGGCUCCCCCGGGUCGGAGGCGGCCAAGGACGCCGCUGCCACCGGCCCCAAGCGCUUCCUGCCCUUCAGCACCGGGCCCAGACAGUGCAUCGGGCAGUCGCUGGCGCGCAUAAUGCACGACACGACGGUGGCACGGCUGGUGGCGCACUUCACGUUUGAACUGGCGCCGCGCAUGGGCGGCCCGGCCGGCGUCGACGCGCGCGAAAUCAACCGGCUCACGCUGCAGCCCGGGGGCGGCAUGUGGAUGCGCCUGCGGCCGCGCAUUGAUGUGGCCGCUGAUGUGGCGGUCGCCGGAUGA